GGGUCCGGUAAUCGACCCGAGGGUUUCAUAAGUUCAGUUGUGUGAGUAAAAACAGGCCUGGGUUUUCUCCCUAUCCAGUCAUUUUACCACAAUCAAGUUCUUCCUAAAUUCAACCAAUUGAUUCUCCCAUAUCCAUUGAAUCAUUGAAAUUGUAUUCUCAAUUGGGUUUGAAUGUAGAACCACAGAUUCUUUCAAUAAAAUUCUUUCAUUUCAAUGUUUGCCCGCCACCUGUUCGACCUUUUGCCUCAGAGAUGCAGAUGCUGUCUUCUCCUUUGAAUUCAUACGUUAUUCGUACAAACAAGACUCCAAUCCCAAACAGCUGCACACCACAAUCUUUGUACCAUUUCGUACAAUGCGGUCGACUUUGCCUGAAAACAUCACACCCGGAUUCCCGUAUGUCUCCUGGAUUUGUAUUUCGUAGAUCGUUCAGAGGGCUUCAGUUACGGAGAGUAUUUCGCUGGAACCCUCAUUCAGAGGAAGCAGCAAACUUCUCUGAAUUAAGAGAUCAACUCAAUUCUGGUAACAAGAUCCAUUCAAAUAACUUCGUAUUUGAAAAACGGUCAGAGAAGGAUAAGAACGAAAUAGAAAGAAGACGGAAAAUCGGAUUAGCAAAUAAAGGGAGAGUUCCAUGGAACAAAGGCAAGAAACAUACUCCAGAGACUCGUGAGUUGAUCAGUCAAAGAACUAAAGAAGCUUUAAAAGACCCCAAGGUAAGAAAGAAAAUGUCUGAAUGUCCUCGCACUCUUAGCGACCAAACGAAGGAAAAAAUACGCAUAACAAUCACACAACAAUGGAAAGAGCGAUUGAAGUGGAAAAGGUCAAGUGAAAGGUUCAUAUCAAAAUGGGCCGAAAGCAUUGCAAAAGCUGCUAAGAAAGGCGGGUAUGGUCAGCAAGAACUUGAUUGGGACAGCUACGACAAGAUUGAAAAGGAGAUUGCUCUUCAACAAAUUCAACGGUCUGCUGACAUUGCAAAAGCAAAAGAAAUGGCACAAAUACGAGCAGAGAGACGCGCAAAAGCAAAAGCUGAGAAAGUGAAGCUUACUCUAAAGAAACGUGUGGCGAAAGUAAAAGGGUUAGCAAAGAAGAAAUCGAAAGAAGAAAAACAGGAGUUGGCUGCAGCUGAAGAUCUGAAACUUAAAGAGAGAUUAACAAAGAUUCACAGGAAAAAGUCCAUAAGCGAUCAACUAAGUAGUCGAGAUCAAAGACCGUGGGAAAGACUUGACCUUGACAUUUGGAAAAGAGGAGCAAGGAAAGAAGACGUUUCUCUUGCAGAUCAAAUUCGCGAUGUUAAGAACAAGAAAGCAGAGAUCUUUAUUGACAACUACACCCCCUAAGAAAUCAUCAUCUGAAACCGGGGUUUACCUCUUUUUACAAUGGUUUUUUUUGUUCGAUUCAGAUAAGUACAUUAUGAUAUUCGGUUAGUUUUUGGUGGUGAUGCAAGACCAUUCAUUGUAUGCAUCACUCUUUGCAGUCGGUAAACUUGGUACUACAAUUUUCGUUUUGGAAUAGGAAAUACCGUCCUUUAUGAUGUUUAACAUUUGUCAAUGGUCAUUGUGUUGUACUAUAUUUGAUAAAAAUGAAGCUUUCCCUGUUAUUGUGUAA